GUCAAUUACAUAGUCUAUAGUAUAGUCACCUGUGGUAAUUUAACACUGUGUGUGCUUUCUAUGGGUAAGAUCUAUGGUAUAGAAAGCCUAUAGGGACCUCUGCCCCAUGUAGUAUACAAUAGGCUGUGCACUGGGUCACAGUAAGGUGACAUGUCGUACAGUGCAGCAGUAGACAUUUAGGGGGCUGCAGCUUUAAGCAGAGCUCCCCCCAUCUCUGCUGAGCAUUGAGAAGUGGUUAAGUGAAUCCAGCUUUUAUGCAUUUGAACCUGUGCAGCCUCAGAAGGAAGCACCUGCUUUUCCCACGGUCUCUCCUAAUGCAUGCAGCAGAGAGAAGGCUUGUCUAGUCUACUAACCCCCUCUAGUGCUGAGCUCUGCAUGUGACCUGCACAGAACAGCCAGGGAUGCUCCUCUGCACCUCUGUGAGCCCACAUCUCCAUCCCCUCCAGCGGAGACCUGAUCAGGCAGCAGCGGAUCCUCUGGACUCUCCGCAUCCUUCUCCACAUCUCCUCUUGCUGCGGUGUCUGCUCCGGGAGAAGCUGCUGCACACUGACUUUAAGGGAUCUCUUACCUUUCUGUUUUCCAUGACAUAAGCUUUACUGUCAUGUGUGGAGAAGAAAUCACUUGUCAACUUGAUUAUAUCUUGGGGAACAGCUUUAAGUUUUUUUUUCCCCCUAUGAAGAAGCCUGGAAUGUAAGAUGUCCUGUCUCCAACCUUGAGCACUGAUUCCCCGGAGUGUGGUGAGAGAGAUGGAAUUUCCCUGCCACUGACUUUUUGCUGGAGAGGAUUUGGGAGGAAGGAGAUCUGCUGUGGAUGGGAGAGGGGGAUGGGGGCUCUGUCAUGUGAAGGGAGGGUCCUACCAGGAGCCUUCAAACUUCCCACCUGCAGCCCAAAGCAGAGGUAUAGCCAAGGAGCAGGACUUAGUGCAGUGCAAAUGACUGCUCACUGGGGGGUGAGUGCACACUCCACACUGGUGCUCAGCUCAUACAUCAUGCACAGCCUGCACAUCCAGAGCCCAUACCUCACACUGUCUGUAAGGCUUGUAUAGCACAUACUCCAAUAUCCAGGGUGCAGGCUGAAAACCUGUGCCACUCUAGCCCUGGCACUGGCAGCAGUGGAGUUUCUUCAGGACAUAAUGCUUCAUGUGUUGUCUAUGCUGGGAUUCACACUUGUCUAGCAGUGCAAGCGAUCAGUGCGCUCCUGUACAUGCAGCAGCCAUUCUGCACAGGUUCCUAGCUCCUUGCACUGACUACCAGUCAACCUAUGGCUAGUUCCACCACGAUGAAGCAGAUAGCAUUACACAUCCGACGGGUGCACAGGCUCAGGGACCAGACGGAGCGCAGCACAAGGCUACCUGGUAACCGCAACUAUAUGGUGCGUCUAACACAGAGCCAAUAGGCAGGUGCGGUAUUUACUCAGCUAUAGACUUGUGCGUCUAUUGCAGCCAAGGUGUAAGCAGCAGGGGACAUAUAUUAUUGGCUGCUGUAUACAUUACAAUGAGGAUGCCCCAUGCGUCCUGUACUGGAUUCCAGGUGAAGAGACACUUUAUCCUCUUCCAGAUCCUCAAGGUGCAAGACUGUUGACAGCCCUGUGAAGGCCAAGUCCAACUUCACUUUGGACCUGUCAGCUUGGGAGCCCGACCCCAGUUUCAAGAUCGUGGAUGUUACAAGCCACCUAUAGCUUCUAUGGUAUCAGGACAUACAAAGCUAGAGAAGUAGCGGCAUCUGAAAAGACUGUUUAGAGUACACAGCUGUUUUGCACAAGGCCACUUUGGCAUUUUGACUUACCUAAUUGCUACUUGUAGGCGGACUAAGGGCCACGCCCCCACGGAUCCUGUCGGUUUUACUGUGUUGGAUUGGUUAGAGGUGGCAAGGCAAAGGAAGAAGAGCUGGAGUUGUCUUCAGAGAGAGCCGACUAGACAUGGGGUCCUGUGAUGGGAGGACUCUGGUUCUGGGGGCCUCUCUUUUCUUAACCCUGCUUAUUAAUUAUUUGGUCAGCUCCAAUCAUUUUUCUGACAACCAGGUUGUGCUUCUUGACACGACAACAGCUAUUGGAGAAUUAGGAUGGAAGACUUAUCCAUUAAAUGGGUGGGACGCUAUCACAGAAAUGGAUGAAUAUAAUCGGCCUAUUCAUACAUACCAGGUAUGUAACGUCAUGGAAGCAAAUCAAAACAACUGGCUCCGUACCAACUGGAUCUCUAGGGAUGCUGCUCAAAAAGUGUUUGUCGAGAUGAAAUUUACACUCAGGGACUGUAACAGUAUUCCUUGGGUAGUGGGCACCUGCAAAGAGACCUUUAACCUUUACUACAUGGAGUCUGAUGAGGCGCAUGGACAAAAGUUUAAGACAAGUCAGUAUAGUAAAAUAGAUACUAUUGCUGCCGAUGAAAGUUUCACACAGAUGGAUUUGGGUGAUCGCAUCCUUAAACUCAAUACAGAAGUGCGAGAAGUGGGUCCCAUUUCUAAGAAGGGAUUUUACCUCGCUUUCCAAGACAUUGGAGCCUGUAUUGCUUUAGUCUCUGUAAGAGUCUAUUACAAAAAGUGCCCCUAUAUGGUGCGCAACUUGGCAAUGUUUCCUGAUACCAUUCCAAGAGUUGAUUCGUCUUCCCUUGUUGAAGUAAGAGGGUCCUGUAUUAAAUAUGCAGAAGAGAGGGACACUCCUAAAUUGUAUUGUGGAGCGGAUGGGGACUGGCUUGUACCACUUGGACGUUGUGUAUGCAGUGUUGGCUAUGAGGAGGUGGAUGGAACCUGCCAUGCAUGUCGGCCUGGAUUCUACAAGGCGUUUGCUGGAAAUAUCAAGUGCUCCAAAUGUCCUCCGCAUAGCUUCACAUAUGUAGAGGCCACAACGGUCUGCCAGUGUGAAAAAGGCUACUUCCGAGCAGAAAAAGACCCACCGGCCAUGGCAUGCACAAAACCACCUUCGGCUCCAAGAAAUGUCAAUUUUAUCUUGAAUGAAACAGCUCUGCAUCUGGAGUGGAGUCCACCGUUUGACACCGGAGGCAGGAAGGACCUCAUCUACAAUGUUAUUUGCAAGAAAUGCGGGUCAGACCCCAACCAAUGUGAACUUUGCGGUGGGGGGAUUCGCUUUGUUCCUCGACACUCAGGAUUGGUUAAUUGUUCCGUCACGAUCCUGGACUUUUUAUCCCAUGUCAACUACACUUUUGAUAUUGAAGUAGUCAACGGGGUUUCGGAACUCAGCCUCUCUGCCAGGCAAUACACUUCCAUCACCAUCACCACAGAUCAAGAAGCUCCUUCACUAAUUGGUAUGGUGAGGAAAGACUGGGCCUCUCAGAACAGCAUUGCUCUAUCAUGGCAAGAACCCGACUAUCCUAAUGGGGUCAUUCUGGACUACGAGAUCAAGUACUAUGAGAAAGACUACCCCCGGAUAGCGCCGGCAUUUUGGCACUACCUGCGGGUAGAUGAACACGAACAGCUCAGUUAUUCCUCCACAAGAUCCAAAGCUCCCAGUGUCAUUAUCACAGGCCUCAAGCCAUCCACCAAGUACAUAUUUCACAUUCGAGUCAGGACCGCUGCGGGAUACAGCGGCUACAGUCAUAAGUUCGAAUUUGAAACCGGAGAUGAAACUUCUGAUAUGGCAGCAGAACAGGGCCAAAUUCUGGUUAUUGCCACCGCUGCUGUAGGAGGAUUUACUCUCUUGGUCAUACUUACUCUGUUCUUCCUCAUCACCGGCCGGUGCCAGUGGUAUAUUAAAGCUAAAAUGAAAUCUGAAGAGAAAAGACGAGCAAAUCUGCAAAAUGGAAACUUGAGGUUCCCUGGAGCAAAAACUUACAUUGAUCCAGACACAUAUGAAGAUCCUUCCUUGGCUGUUCAUGAGUUUGCAAAAGAGAUUGACCCAUCCAGAAUCCGGAUUGAAAGAGUAAUUGGCGCAGGGGAGUUUGGAGAGGUAUGUAGCGGAAGAUUGAAGACACCUGCAAAGAAAGAAAUCCCUGUGGCCAUUAAAACUUUAAAGGGAGGUUACAUGGACAGGCAGCGGCGAGAUUUUCUCCGAGAAGCCAGUAUCAUGGGACAGUUUGAUCAUCCAAAUAUCAUCCGGCUCGAAGGUGUUGUUACGAAAAGCAGACCUGUAAUGAUUGUGGUUGAAUACAUGGAGAAUGGAUCCCUGGACUCAUUCCUGCGGAAACACGAUGGCCAUUUUACAGUCAUCCAGUUGGUGGGCAUGUUACGAGGAAUUGCCUCAGGGAUGAGAUACCUCUCCGACAUGGGAUAUGUACAUCGGGAUUUGGCCGCUAGAAACAUCCUGGUCAACAGCAACUUGGUGUGCAAAGUUUCGGAUUUUGGACUUUCGAGGGUCCUUGAAGAUGACCCUGAAGCUGCUUACACAACCACAGGUGGAAAAAUCCCCAUCAGGUGGACGGCCCCAGAAGCAAUAGCCUAUCGAAAGUUUUCGUCUGCAAGUGAUGCUUGGAGCUAUGGGAUUGUGAUGUGGGAAGUGAUGUCUUAUGGAGAGAGGCCAUACUGGGAGAUGUCUAAUCAAGAUGUCAUUUUAUCCAUAGAAGAAGGUUAUCGCCUCCCUGCUCCAAUGGGUUGUCCAGUCUCUCUUCAUCAGUUAAUGCUUCACUGCUGGCAGAAAGAAAGGAAUCACCGACCUAAGUUCUCAGACAUUGUGAGCUUUCUAGACAAGCUCAUCCGCAACCCCAGCACCCUUAAUAUACUUGUUGAAGAUAUUCUGGGCUUGCCAGAGUCGCCAGGGGAAACACCAGAAUAUCACUUUUUUGUCACAGUGACAGAGUGGCUAGAGUCCAUAAAGAUGGGUCAGUACGCUAAUAAUUUCAUGGCGGCUGGGUUUACAACGUUGGACUUGGUUUGCAGAAUGAGCAUUGAUGACAUCAGAAAUGUUGGUGUUACGCUCAUUGGGCACCAGAGAAGAAUAGUGAGCAGCAUACAGACUUUACGAUUACAAAUGAUGCAUUUACAAGAAAAGGGAUUUCAUGUAUGAAAAUAGUUGAAGCAACUGUUUUGUGCCUCAGUAUUUCUUUAACAGAAGAGAUUCUUAUUUCUCAUCAUGGAUUCUCACUCUCUAAACUACUGGACUCUAUUGAAGAAAAGAGAGAGAGGGAGAUCUUAACACUUCCAGACUGAAGUUUUUGAAAACUUUAAAUAGAUAUGUCUUCAAGUUACGGACAAGUAAAAUCCUGGGCCCCAAAGCAAGAUUUCUGGCAUCUGAUGAGUGACUACGCAUGGGUGUGAAACAUUGUGCGGCAUCUUUAUACAACUGAUCAUGAACUCAAUGGCAGUUUUGUCGACUCUAGCUUCCUUCUCAUGUAGCAAGACGGUGGUAUCAGUCUAACCUACGGACUGCUGUUGUUUUGUAAUCUUGUAGCUCAUAUAAAUUGUGCUUAUUAAAUAAAAGAGAAUACAGAAAAUAUAGUAAGAAUAUUUUAGGUGAAUUUUGGAUUUAGUGUUUUCAAUGUACCUAUCAAAGGGGUUGUCUGGUUUAGAAAACCUAUUAGUCAUAGAAGGAGGUCUCCAAUUCAGGUCCCUAAUCUAUUAACCAGAGCAGCUAUAAAGACAACCAUGGCUCUGGAAGAUCCAGCAAGUCUGGGAAUUAUUAUGGACAGCUCAUAUUUAUUUUAAUGGGACUUGCGUAAUACUUAUUUUCCCCUGUGGUGGUGCUGUAGGGAAAUACAACACAAGCUGAAAGGUUGGCCCACAGAUUAGAGCCGAUCACUUGGAGUUUUGACAGCCGGAUGGCCUAUGAUUAGCUUAUGGCCAGGAGACUCUUCUAAGAAAAAGAUAUUGUUGAAAGUAGACAACCCCUUUAAUGUCAUACAAUGAAGGCAGCCAAUUUGGGAGCCAUAUUUAUAGUGAAGAGAAUAUUUGGGAUUAUUGACAUUACUGAAGCAAGAGGCUCUUUAUUUAAAUCUAAGUGAUGUCAUUAGUUUCCUACGUAUGCACAAGAAGGACAAUGGGUCAACAUCAAAUGGCUGCCUGUGGUAUGGGUAAUGGGUACAAUGUGGAUAGCCAACAUUUUAGCUGCUAAUGUUUAUUUUUUUCUUAUUUUUUUUGGAGAAUAGUAGAUAUCUCUCCAAUGGUUUGAUAUAGUGAGUUUGUGUGUAUGGAUAUUUGAGGUAUUAACAAAGUGUACUUCCUGAGGCCCAGGAUUGAAUUGUCCAUGUAAUCGAUACUCUAUAUUCUUGUACUUUUACAGUUUAGAAUCGAAAAAAAAGAAAUCUUUGUCUUCUAGUGUUUUUACUUCAUCUAUGCCUCAGAAAUCCUUUCCAUAAAAAUAAAGAUGCAAGAGAGCUUUGCUAGUCUCAUAAGCAGCCAGGACCAGGGCCUUCCUGUCCAUUGUUUUCUAGAGAAUAUAUAAAAAGCACAUGGUAAAAUAUACAAUAGGACAUAGAUUAUAUAUAAAUGUUUCAGUACUCAGAACGAGUAUUAUAAAGAUUUAUUUAGUUGGUCAGUAUCAAUUUAUUUUUUUUCCUUUCUCAUGUAUAGUGGCAUAUAGUGCCUUUUACAGGGUCUGUCAUAUUAACUUAGGAUUGCUGCUUUUAAAAGACCCAAUAAAAGUUCUCUUCAAGGUCAAUUCAAAAUUACUACUUGAUAUCUUAUUUCUUUACUUCAACCAAUACAAAGGUACACGGUAUAGUCAACCCACAGCACCCAAGUACAAAGCCACUGAGAUAAGCCAAAAUCAUCAUCUAUACAUAUAUCGACCAGCUAUAUAGGAAUAAAGAGAAAAUGGUCACAUUCAGGCCGAUUCACAUGGGAUAGUUACAUCUGUGUGUUUGCAUCAGUACUACAGAUGCAUGUCCCGGCCUGGCUGCGGUCAGUCCAGGGCUCUCAUCCGUAAUAUGAACGCAAAAAUACACAUGUAACUUGUUUGUGUGAAAAAGGCCUUAUUUUAAGAUCUGAGCUUCAGAUUAGGUAUAGCAUUUUGUAAACCAUGAAUCCAGUUUUAAUCCAUCUUUAGUCCAUAUAAAAAACUAGUUUUAUUAUUGUAGUCUUAGGCACCCUGAUUCCAAUGCUUGUUUUAUUUUAUUGUUGCGCCCCUCCAUUCCCAAGAUAUAGCGAUUUUACUAUUUGACUAUCUACAUUUUCCCUGUAUAGUCAGGUGGGCGGGAACUUCUUUUUAAAAGGAGGUGCGAAUUCUAUGCUAAGAGGGUUGUGAUUAUAAGUCUGAGGCGAUGUAAAUCUGAAUAGGAGGGUGAAUAUGAGCCGGACGGAGCGAGGAUUAGGCUCACACUUCCUUAGCCUAGCAUUUAGCAGGAGAGGGAAAGAAAUGCAAAGAUGGCGCAAUAUAGUGCAGUUAAUCCUUAUUAUAAAAGGUUGGACAGUUGUCCAAAAUAGGAAUAUUGCUCACCUAUGGGUGUUGUGCAGGCAGGCACAACACUGGCGAUCGCAUGUAGCAAGUAGCUGGAAGCGGUGUUCAGUAUCGGGAGGCAGCCAACCGUUGGUCCCGCUAUGCAAGCGGUGUGGAUACAGGAGAAAACAGCUGGUUCCGUGAGACCCUUGCAAGGCUCUCGCAG